GGUUGCUAAUCGUCACCACCGCAAACGUUUCGACGGGCGGUAUCGAUGGACGACAUGGCCACCGGUUACUACCACUCACCCCCGGACGCCGCCCACAACCCCUACCACCCUCCGCCGCCGAUCCACGCGGCGGGGCCUCCCGGAGCUCCUCCGCCGCCGCACAAUCACCCGAUGCUGCCGCACCAGCACCACUUUCACCCGCCGUACCCCGCCCACCAGCCGCCACUUUACGGCACCACCUACGACACGCCCACCGACCAGUACUCGCGCGACGAGGUCCGGACCUUAUUCAUCGCCGGGUUCCCCGACGACGUGAAGCCCCGCGAGAUCUAUAACCUCUUUCGCGAGUUUCCUGGGUACCAGUCCGCCCAGCUCAGGAGCUCCGGUCAGUCCUCUCAGGCAUAUGCAUUUGCUGUCUUUACUGAUCAACAAUCAGCUCUUGCUGCAAUGCAUGCUCUAAAUGGACUGAUGUUUGACCUUGAGAGGGAAUCAACUCUAUACAUUGACCUUGCAAAGUCUAACUCCAGGUCAAAACGUUCAAGAACAGAUGAUGGUGUACCUUAUUCUUCUGAUAAACGAGUUAGAGGACCUGGUGCAUAUUUAAGAGGCUUUCCUGAUUCUGCAGGUUCUGGAAGCAACAUUCACAUGUCUGGAAUGGUUAAUUCUGCUUACAGCUUGAGUGGUUAUCCCUCUACACAAAGCCAGACAAAUUUUGGUUAUGAAGCAGACCAUAAUAAGUUGAAUAAUUCAUCAACUUAUGCUCCUCUAAGUAACCCCCCAUGUCCAACGCUUUUUGUGGCAAAUCUGGGUCCCAACUGUUCUGAGCAAGAGUUGGCUCAAGUUUUUUCAAGAUGUCCUGGGUUUAUAAAACUGAAAAUGCAAAACAAGAACGGACUUCCUGUUGCAUUUGUUGAUUUCCAGGAUGUCAAUAGUUCCACUGGAGCCCUAAAUCAUUUGCAGGGAACCAUCUUGUAUUCAUCAGUUGGGGAGGGCAUGCGCUUGGAGUAUGCAAAAUCACGAAUGGGUCUCCGAAAACGUGAAAAGAGGACAUAGUUUCCAUAUAAAUCUGGAAAAGCUUUAGAAGAUUCUGCGUCCCUUUUUAUUCAUGUAAGUUUAUGCUUCAUCUAGAUUCAAGUUUUGCACUCGGAAGAUCUGAUUGCAUUGUUGAUGAAUUUGUGACUUUCUAGCACAAAUUAGCUGUUGAAUCUACUAUUAUCAGCAACAUCAACUUACAGGCACUGCUCAAGCAUAACUAGAGCGAAUCAAUGUGGUUAGAACUAUCUAGCUCUUGUUCUUCCGGGGGAUUAUCUAUAGUGUCCUGGUGUUUGUUGCCAUACUGUUUUCACCAAAGAUGAACAUAUGAAUCAUUUUUGACUUGUUUUGUGAUUUGCAAAUGUUUUUCAUCUAGGUCAAGCUGGAUCCACAUGAAUACAAACAAAUGUGGUUUGUAGGCACAUGGUAAGACAGUCAAAAGGGACAGAUACAAUCAAUGUACCCAUCCAUAUGCACAUCACAUGGUUUUGGAUGAGACAACUAUAUUGCAAGCAUUAGGUUCGAUCCAAGCAAUCAUGUCAAGUGCCCAUCCCAUUCUUUGUCUCUGCAGCCAGGCAUCAUGUGUUUGUGUUCUACCCAUUACCUUCCCCAAAGGCAACAAUCUGUCUGAUGCUUCAUCCUACUCUUAUUCUAUCUCAGUAAACUAUUUACUUUGUUAUUGUAUCCAUCGAGGAAGCUAUAAAUAUCAAAACAAAAUUUAUCUGUCA